CGCAUCUGCGCAGUUGUCUCUCACGACCACAGAGGAGAGCGACUACAGCAACGCCGUAUAUCACGUGACCUUGUGCUGGCUGAGUGACUCGUGUUAGCAGAUUUUUCUAUUUUGUACAUACAUUGUUUUGUAUAUACUGUAUAUGAUGACAUCGUUGGGCGGCGACAAAGCCCGGGGCACUCGGGACAAAGCGCUGCCCGCUGCCACACACGCAACUCAACCACAGAAACAGCUCCAGGCGACUGCAGAGCAGAUCCGACUCGCCCAGAUGAUCUAUGACAAGAAUGAUGCUGAGUUUGAGGACAAAGUGAACCAGCUGAUGGAGGUGACAGGAAAGAUCCAGGAUGAAUGCAUGGUAGCGCUCCACGACUGCAACGAGGAUGUCAACAGAGCCAUCAACUUCCUCCUUGAGAGCACCUCUGAUACGACCUCAUGGGAGACAGUUGGGAAGAAGAAACCCCUAGCGAAGGACGGCCCGACGGAGGGCAAGGAGAACCGGGAGAAGAGAGGAGGAGAGCGAGAGGGCAGCAGGGCCCGCGGAGGGAGCAAUCGGAGAGGCAGGGGGGCCAGCAACCGCAGCCGCCAGGUUGAGAGAGUGCGGCCAGAGGAAAAUGGUGUGGAGGUGGUCCCUGGCCCUUUGGACAGAGUGUCAGAGCGAGGUCGCAGGGGGGGAAGAGGGGGUAGAGGUGAGUGUCAAUUAGUGGCACUUUCUCAUAUGUUCCAGUCAACACUCCCAGUCGGAUCUGGAGGCAGAGGAAGGGGCAGGGCACCAGUGGGUAGCAAGUUCUCAGCCCAGGGAAUGGGGACCUUUAACCCAGCAGACUACACCCCAGAACAGGGGACAGGGACCACACAAGGUGACGCUUGGGAGUCAGGGGCCAACAACAGCAACAGCACAGACGGGACAGUGGCCUGGAGGAGUACUCUGGAAGACUGGGCUGCUGAGGACUGGAGCGAAGAGAUGAGUCUCUCCGAGACCAAAGUGUUCACCGCCUCAAGUGCACCUGCACCUCAGAACCACCUCACACCUGGGCAAAGUCUGGACCUGCCCUCUCUGCUGCAGAAGCCAGUGGGAGAAGGAAGAGGAGGAGGAGGGGAUGCCCCCUCUACCCAGAGCCUGGUCUUUACCAACUCCCACCAUCACCCCCCCCGCAACGGGUCGGCCAUUGGCACAAGCAGCACCAGCUAUGCACACGCCGCCCUGUCGUCAGUGCUAGGGGCAGGUUUCGGGGACCUGGGCCAGUCUAAGAGGAGUCAGUCCAGUCCGGGGGCCCAGAUCUUGGAGCAGCUGAAGGGCCCGGGCCUGGGUCCUCUCCCAUCCUCCCAGGCAGCCCCCCCUCCCAGCACUCAGGGGGCCAGUAACAGCUCUCUGGGGAGUAGACUCCCAGGGCUAGGAGGAGCCGCCCCUGUUCUCCCACUGCCUUCCACUUCAAGCUGGGAUAUCAAGGUCCCAGAGCCCAGCGCCACAUCCUCCUCACACACCUCCCACUUCAGCCGGGACUUUAAGCUGCAGCCUGAGCCAUCCCUGGUGCUGAGCCAGCUGGCCCAGAGACACGGCGCCCCCUCUCUGCCCAUUGCUCGCCAGCCCAGCCCAGCCCAAUCUCCCUCCCCCAUCCAGGGACCCCCCCUGGCCACCAUCGGUGCCAAGCCUGCCCACAGCGCCGGGCCGGACACUCAAGGCAGCAACUCGCUGCAGCAGCACCGCGUUCCACAGCUAAAGGCCCAGAAACGAAGGAUACCUCCCACCUCUAAGAUCCCCUCGUCGGCGGUGGAAAUGCCUGGCUCUGCCGACGUCCCAGGUCUUAACGUUCAGUUCGGAGCACUGGACUUUGGCUCGGAGGCAGCCCUGCCGGACUUUGGCACCGUGGAGACGUGUGUCACCGGGGGCUCCAGGGAGUCCACCCCGGCCCCACAGAGCCAGACCAGCCUCUAUUCCAAUCCCCUCAGUGAAUCUAUGAGCACCCCUCUUUCCGUCCCCCUCCCAUCCUCUGAGCCUGUCUACCACUCCCCGUCGGUGCCCAUGCCCAGCCUGACCCCCUCCUCUAUGGGUACAGUCAGCUCCUCCACUCCAUCCUCCUCCAUCUCCUCCUCGGUGCCCUCCUCCUCUUCCACGUCUCCCUUUGUCUCAGUGGGGAGCGGUUAUGACUGUGGGCCCGUGGCCCCUCACUCACACCUGGCCUUCUCCCAGAGCAAAGAGGCACCCGGGCCAAUCAUGAACGGUCUGAAUGGUGUAAGGACGUCUGCUAUGGACCCUUCGUCAGCCUCCUCUACGCCAAAGCCGGAGUCUCCCUCUCUGAGCAUCAGUACCAGCAGUGCCCCUGCCCCCUCUGCCCUCAUGCCCUCCCACAGUUCGGCACUCCCCAGUCUGCCACACGACAUGCCCUCUGCCAGCCUGGCACCACUCAGCAGCCAUGGCAGCAGUAGUCAUUCCUCUCUCACUUAUACCAGUGUAGACAGUAGUGUGAGCUCUCUGGCACCCUCGUCUGGCUCCUACUCCUCUGCCCCAGCCCAGGCCCCAGCCCAGGCCCCAGCCCAGUCACUCCACCAGGUCAACAGCGGCAUGGCUCACAUCAUGGGCACCAUGAGCCACAUGAACAGCAUGGUCAGUAGCAUGGGUGGCAGCGGGCAUCACGCCAGCCAAGCACUGGGGCUCAGUGCCAACGGGACCACGGCCCAAGCGAACCUCUCCUCGGCCCCCAGGACCGCACCGCUGCUCUCCUCCUCAACUGGUAAAGCUCCUCCUAACCUGUCUCAGGGGGUUCCCCCACUACUGCCCAACCAGUACAUCAUGGGCCCAGGAGGCCUGCUGCCUGCCUACCCGCAGAUCUACGGCUAUGAGGACCUCCACAUGCUACAGUCCAGACUGCCUAUGCCCUCUUUGCAGGAUUACUACGGAAUCACAUUCCCUGGUCCCGCAGCACUCUCUGGCAGAGAUGGUAGCCUCGCCAAUAACCCCUACUCAGGUGAAGUCACAAAGUUUGGCAGGGGUGACUCCACCUCCCCUGCGCCUAGCAGCUUGUCGGCCCAACAGCAGCCCCAACAGGGCCAGAGCCAAGGGCAGAACCAGGCCCAGCCACAACCCCCCCAGCCCCAGCCUCAAGGCCAACCCCAGGGCCACCACAACAGCCAGCAGCAGCAGGCCUUCCUCCCGCCAGGCUACAGCUACACAGGCCUGCCCUACUACCCCGGGAUGCCUGGCGCUGCCUUCCAGUACGGCCACACCAUGUUCAUGCCCCAGGGACAGGGGCCAGCCAAGCAGCACGGUGUGGGUUUGGGAAACCCCUCAGCCAGCCCCUUCCAGCAGCAGCAGCCCAGCGGCUACGGCCAGCACACCUUCAGCUCAGGGUAUGAGGACCUGACCCAGGGCCAAGCAGGAGUAGACUAUAGCAAGGGCUAUAGCAACUCCUCCCAGAGCCAGGCCAAAUCUGCUGCUACAGGCCCCGGUAAAGGCGGCAUAUCUGUGACGUCAGGCAACUCCGGGGUCCCAGAAAUCAGUGGAAGUGUUUACAACAAGACCCAGUCCUUUGAUAAGCAGGGUUUCCAUGCGGGGACUCCCCCUCCUUUCAACCUGCCUUCGGCUAUGGGGGGUCCUGGAGGGGCCCCGGGUGGCUACGCUCCCGCCCCCUUCCUCCACAUCCUGCAGCCUGCCCACCAGCAACCCCACUCUCAGAUGCUGCACCAUCAUCUGGCCCAGGACGGACAGGGAGGUCCUAGCCAGCGAGGCCAGUCUAGCAGCAUGCAGCAGAAGGGCCAGGUCAACAAGUCCAGCUACGGCAGCUCCCCAUACUGGGGCAACUGACAGGGCUGUGUGUGUACACACUGCAUCAUGCCCACCUAUCAGACCAGAGGGGGGGGAACAAAGUACUUUACAACACACACUAACAACCCCCCCAAUAUUCCCCUUUAAAAAUGUAUGGCUGUUGUAUGUAAAAUAUAUUUAUGUAUGUAUUUAUACAGUAUAUAUGUAUUAGUAGGACAUGAAAUUUGGUUUAGAUUUUUUCUGAAGGAUAGGAAUCAAAUAUGAAGUUGAUGGUGAAUAUACAGUACUUGAACCAGAACAAGCGUGGAUGAUAUUUGUAUGCACACAUGAACCUGAUGUACAUUACAGCUAAGCAUAAUUUCA